UCCCAUAUCAAUCUUCUACAAGAAUUGCGUUUGGAAGUUGAAGACUGGCGAAAUUAUCUUAGAAUGGAUGAAGAUUGCUAUUUGAAUUUAUUAGCGUUAGUAACACCAUUGAUUGGAAAAAAAAUACACCAAUGAGACAGCCAAUAUCUGUGCAUGAACGAUUGACUGCUACACUUCGGUUUUUAGCAACCGGUAGAAAUUACGAAGAUUUGAAGUUUUCAACAAUAAUUUCUCCUCAGUCAUUGGGUCAAAUAAUUCCAAAAUGUUGCAGUGCUAUUUAUGAAGUAUUACGUCGUGAGUACAUGAAGUUUCCAUCAACAGAGAGUGAGUGGCUUCAUAUUGCUGAAGAAUUUGAGAAAACCAGCAAUUUUCCAAAUUUAUUAGGAGCAGUCGAUGGAAAACAUGUUCGUAUAAUUCCACCCUCUGGAAGUGGGUCCUAUUUUUUUAACUAUAAAGGAGAACAUAGUUUAGUUCUCAUGGCUAUAAACUGUUGA